CAAUGAACCAUUGAGAGAACAUAAACUUUCAUUCUUUAGUAAGCUGAACGAGAUGGAAGCUGCAAUAAGAUUAGCAGUUUGGUGUAUUUUGCUACUUUGUGGAUUGAUUCAAAAUGGGCUAGCAGCGAGCGAUACAGUUCCGAAGGAUUACACCAAUAUGCCAUGUGACUUACCCAGCGGCAAAGAUGGCAUUUGCGUGUUUGCUUAUCUCUGCAACAAUGACGUAAUUAACACUGAUGGUGAUAAUAUUUUGGAUCUCCGGUUUACUGAUGUCUGCGAGGAUUAUUUUUUGAAGUGCUGCUCAAAAGAAUCUCCUUGCAUGGAAAGAUCUGGCACAUGCUUGCCAAAGAAUCAAUGCACUGCUGAUCUGAACGCCUCCAAAUAUACGGGGUUCAAAAAUUCCGAAGAAUGUGACUGGAGCGGAUACCAAUGCUGCCCAAAUGAUGCUGUUAAGCAAGGUCCGAUCAGUACAAAUUUAACCAAUGAAGAAAAUUGUGAUGUUGAUUCAAUUUGUGUACCUGAUGACAAAUGCAUGAUAAAUGCAGAUGGCGGAAAUGUGGUUGAAGCCAGGAUGUCUAUUUGUAAUGGAUUAAACACUUGUUGUCCAAGAAAUAAAAUAAAGACCAAUAAUUCCGCAAGUAUUAAUGAUACUUGUGAAUCGAUGGGAGGCACCUGUAUUCGGAAGGAUGAAUGUGAAUCGCCGUUUAUUUUGGAUGUGCGAACUGAAAUAUGUGCUGAUCCAGGAUUUGAAUGCUGCAUGGGUGAUAAUCAGCCAGCAACUACUUUAAAGCCAUCACUUGAAGGAAAGAAAUGCUUCAAUAAUAACGGAGUCUGUACACCACCAACGGAUUGCAAAGGAAUAAAGUACACCGAUCGGAGGAAGGAAUGUGGCAGCCUAGUCUGCUGUGAUUCACCAAUUCCUGAAACUACAACUGCAACUACAACUACAACUACAACUAAAACUGCAACUACAAGUACAACCAGUCCUGGUAGACAACCCACCACACAAAAACCAGACAUUGAUACUGAACGACCAGAUGAUAGAACUUGCGAUUCUCUGGGUGGCACAUGCGUAGCUGACCGAGAUUGUCAACGAAAAGCUGAUCAACAAUCGGUGGACUGUGCAGUAGACACCGUAUGUUGUCUAUCAAAAAGACCAACAGACGUCCCAACAGUUUCAGUGGACGAUUUAGAUAUUAAAGAAUGCGGCUACCGAAAUGAAGAUGGAAUCAAAUUUAAAACAAUCAACCGCAACGAUGGCGAAGCACAAUACGGCGAGUUCCCAUGGGUGGUUGCCAUUUUAUUGGCUGAUUCUGGUAAAGUUAAACUAAGAUGUGCUGGAACGCUAAUUGACCCGGAAAUAGUCCUUACUACUGCAGAGUGCAUAAAAGAGUACAAAAGAAAACCAGAGCAACUCAUAAUUCGCGCAGGCGAAUGGGACAUGGCAGCAACUAUGGAGCCCAUUUCGCCACAAGAGCGUAGGGUAGUGAAAAUGAAAAUUCACGAGAAGUUUAAUCCCCAUUCAUUGGUGAACAACAUCGCUCUUUUGUUCUUAGAUGAUAAAUUUGAUCUUACUCCAACGAUAAACACAGUUUGUCUACCUCCUCAAGAUUUCACCAUUGACAAUGGUUAUGUGAUCGCUACAGGUUGGGGCACCACGCCGCAAAACCGCACAAAGUAUCAACACAUUCUGAAAAGUAUGGAACUCCCAUACAGACAAAAAUCUGAUUGUGAACAAAUUCUUAAAAGAGCUACGCGGAACAAUAGAUUUAAGUUGGACUCUAGCUUUAUAUGUGCAGGUGGCGAAUUUGGUCAAGACACUUGUCAAGGAGAUGCAGGUUCCCCCAUAAUUUUCCCCAUUCCAGAUACUUCUGAUUUACGCUAUUUUGCAGUAGGAAUGGUGUCAUGGGGCGUAGGAUGUGGUAGGCCUGGUAUACCUUCGGUUAAUACGGACAUUGGAAAAUUCAGAGAAUGGAUUGAUUCAAAGAUAGACGAGGAACAGCUACACAUGCAUUAUUAUGACUUCCAGCCACAGGAUUAAAUUUCCGCAGGGAAUCUUCAGAGGUUUGAAAAUAUUUCUGCAUUAUAGACUUCACAUCUACAAAUAAUAUGUAACAAGAACAAUAAAAACGGAAAUACAUUAUUGUGUGUAUUACUAAGGGAA